AUGAUUUCCGGCACCAUCGUGGGCGACGUUGGAUUUGUCGAGGGCACUCAAGAGGACAUCGACAAGGCCCAAGAUCUGCGGCGUGAGCGCUGCCGCAUUUCGAAGGAAAAACACGCUGCAGGUGAUCAGACCAGGCCUGAAAAGUACCGCGACAUCAACAUGCUCUACUUCGAGGGCGAGGGCGACGACCGCAAGUUCUCGACGUACUACAAGUUCGAGUACGGCAAGAACAAGGAGGGCUACUGGACGGGGGAGAAGAUGAUCGAGCACAUGGCGGAUGUGUUGGAUCUGUUGGCCGUCAAGUUCCCGAGGCACAGGCCCAUCUGUUUUUUCGACUGGUCAUCGUGUCAUGAUUGCGUUGAGGAGGGGGCACCGAGUGUAACUAGGAUGAACGCAGGGUACGGGGGGGUGAGAAAGGGUCAGGAGAUAGCUCCUCAGAAUGCAACUACCAUACUGGAAGACACACCUAAACUGAAGGUAGGGGCGGUGCAGCACCUCACCUUCCAGCAGGGAGAGUAUCCAUUCUAUGAGCCAGGCGCCACCGAUCACGUAGGCAAGGUCAAGGGGAUGAAGCAAAUCCUGUUUGAGAGGGGGCUUUGGAUCCCAGGGACGACCGUGUUGGGGGGCAAGAAGGGUCAGGAGCCUAAGCCGAAGAUGAGCAUGCCGGUGGUGUUGCGCGCGCAAAAGGAUUUCGCGAACGUCGACUCUAGUCUAGAGGUUCUCUUGAAGCGCCACGGAGGGGUUGCGCUCAUGCUUCCAAAGUUCCAUUGCGAGUUGAACCCGAUCGAGCUUGUGUGGGGUAGAUCCAAGUGGUGGGUCCGCAGGAACUGCAAAUACACUAUCGCCUGCUUGCGAGAGAACGUUUCCAAGAGCUUCAGGGUAGACAACUUGAGCCUAGACAUCGUUCAAAAGUUCUGCCGGAAGGUGGCCAACUUCCACGCGGCGUACGACGCAGGGCUUACGGGCGCCAAGGCGGUAGAUGCGCAUGAGAAAUGCAAGUCGGACCGUAAGCCGGCUCCAUCCGAAUACAUUAACCCCAAGUAACGUAUGCUAAGAGUCGGUACGUUGUGUAUGGGGUUCGAAAGAAUGACCUCAACUUUUGCUUCUGUCGGUGUCGGUUGUCCACGAAGUUUGUUGUCCGUUUUUUUUUUCGACCGGCUGCGUUUCCCUCCCGGUCGAUACGAUCGGUAGUAUCGGGCAGGCGAUGUGCUGUAUGUAGAAGACUAGUAUUUUGGCAAUCGUAAAACGUAGUGCGAGGGAGUGUUAUCGAGUGUAAAUACAGGGUUUUCCCAACGAUGAAGCGAAAACAACGAAAUGUCAAGCGUUGAACGAUAAGUUUUGCGACCAGAAAAGGGGGGUACAAUCUCUUGUGCCCGCCUUCAAAUGUGUAUAUCUACUUGUUAAGUGAUUUUUCUUUUUUUUUAGGGCGCCAUCGCAUUCGCCUGCUCAAACCCCGCCGAUACCAACCAAGAACAAAAAAAAAAACGGCAUGAUUACGAUAGUGGUUAUCGAGAUAUUGGACGAAAAGUUUCAUCCCCUCCCUCCCAAAAACGCCUGGAAAAACCUAUACGAAAACCACAAAUUCUCAGAAACGUCUCAAAUCGAUUUGGUCCCUGAACAAUUCUUGUGGCAUUUGUGAUGGAGAUCAAUACAAAAAAAAAACAACUAUUAUUUGGUGAAGUUAUGGCCGGUCAAUUGAAAUCGGCGGGACAACCGGUGGAACUGUAGAAGUGGAGGAUAGGGGCCAGAGGGGCAGACGACAGAGUCCAAUGAUGGGAGAAAAAUAAACAAACAAAAACAAACAAAAAUGUGCAAAAUCGGGACGCCUUCUGGACGUGCCGCGGCGCGACGACGCACACACCCAAUACCGCACGAAGUCGCGCCACAGCGCUUCCACCCGCCGCGCACAAGGCGCGCCGACCCUCUCCAACCCUUUUUUUCCUGCUCAACAACCUAAAACAGUGUAGACGCAGCCGCGUACAAAACCCUCUCCGCAGACCACCCGAUUUUGACCUCAAACCUGCAGGGUCGACCCCUACCCCGAGAAAAACAUUAUCUCCGACCCUACUUUGUCCAUCUGACCACCACCCCUUUUUGUUCACCACAGCCGGUUCGAGGGGAGAUUGAACGCGGCCAUCGCCCCGCAGCACCAC